GUUGGCCGCUCACGUUUCAGUGAUGAAGUACGUGAAGUUUUGGAGCGCGAAUUCUGUCGAAAAGAAUAUGUCGAUGAUGUUGAUAGAGAACGAAUUGAGAAUGAAACCGGCCUGAAUUUUGGUCAGAUUAAGUCCUGGUUUAAGAAACGAAGGACAAAAGCACGAAAGGUGGAGCAUGAAACUGAUAUUUUUGACACA